CGGUUCUCCCAUUUCUCGUUCGGCCAUAACUCCGUAAACACACCCACAUCCCUUUGUCCCAUCUACAUUCUUUUCCACACUCACCCACCCAUCCCACCUCGGCCACAAACGUUGUAUCACUCUGCUUCUUAUAUAGCGACCUUCUGCCCCAUCACUCGAGUGAUACAAAAGUGCCCACUACCGCACUACCUAAUACAUUCUACCCAUUUGCUACGCUGCAGCAUUGUUCGUCUAUCAGCUCAACAUCCCUGGCCUGGCGGCUCCUGUCCCCUUCGUGCUUCUUCCCGCCGUCACGAACCCUCUCGUCAUGCAACCGUACCCCCAGCCCGGCUAUGAUCCGCGCUUCGUCCAACCCGGUGCGGUCGGUGCCCAGCCCGUCUACCAGCCCGGGGUAGGUGUGCAACCUGGGCUCUACCCCGGUGCCCAGCAAGGUCUCUACAAUGCCCAGCCCUACGUCCCUGCGUACUUUCAGUACCAGGCGCCGUGGUUGCCGACUGCACUGGGGUACGACUACAAGCUUCCUGCGCUCAGCUACUCUGUCGAUCCUUCGAUGGACGCAUGGGCGUUGGCCAAUGCACAGUACCAGGGUUCCUCCAUCCCGUUAGAGCGGAGCAUCUUCGACGAGCUGCUGAGGACGGUCAGCAAGUUUACUCACCGCCACCUCUCCCAGGAGAAGGCGCUCGAGGCCCAUCGCAAGGUGUAUUACGAUGGGACAGGUCCCGACCAGAACUACAAGAUCAUUGGCGGAGCCGUCGCCUAUGAGGCGUAUUUGAUGUGGGAGCGCGAUCACUCAAAGUUCUACCAGGCUCUCGACAUCAACGAGCAGCGCCGCCGGCUGCAGGGCGUUACUGUCGGAGAGCUGUGCAAUGUAUGGGACCGGGUCCAGCCACGGGGCUCACAUGCCACCUUUGACGACGCCAAGGAGAUCGCGAUCGCCACAGCCAUGCACAUCUUUAAUCGGCGCUACAACCCCCAGAGCAUCCGCCGUGCCCACCCGCCUCGUCACGGAAGCUUCCGUGAAGAGGACGACGACGCUGACAACGAGCGACAGCGCAACACGUACGGCCGCGACUGGCACUACCCCGGUGCUCAGCAGCAGCAGCAACCGUACAUGGCCCAGCCCAUGCAGCCCGUCUCUGGAGCGUAUCCACAGCCCAUCGGCGUGCCGCAGUACGUCCCUCAGCCACUCCUCCCUCUCGCCCCGCCGCUCGUCCAGCCCGUCGGCGUGCCGUAUGUGGAUCCGGCCUCUGCAAUUCCGGUGAGCCCCGCCUCCACGUCCUCCCACAGCACCCUCUCCCCAACAUAUACGCCCUCGGCGUCCCCUUCAACCCUGUCACACAUUUCUCUCCCGCUCUUCGAGGAGACGGAUGAGGAUGAGCCCUUUUACCAAAACCAGUACGGGUACCCGGCGCCAUACCCAUACCAGUACCAGCAGCAAAUGUACCCGCAGUACCAGUACUACCAGCAGGCGCCUUACGCCGGGGCUAUGGGCUAUGCCCAGGCUCCAGUUGCGCCCGGCGCGUAUGGGAGUGCCCUCCCGAUGGGAUACGGGUACGCGUACCCGCAGGCGCCGAGGUACAUGUGA